GACUCAGAACUGUGCAUCUCGCUCGGCCUGAGCCUGCAGUAUCUGCGGGUGUCGGUGCUGUGCUGGCUGGCGGCGAUGUGCCACCACCUGUACGCCACCGUGGCAUCGAUACCGCGUCGCGACGACCCGCCGACGUACCUGAAGUACAGCCUGUUUGCCUGGGGUGCGCCGCUCAUCACCCUCGGUCUGGCGACUUUCUUGCAGAGCCGCGAGGGCCACGAUUUCUGGGACGUCGUCGAGCUCACGCCCUUCAAUUGUUGGUUUCUGGGCGUCAGGGCGACGGUUUACGCGUACGGCUUGCCGGUCAUCCUGCUGCUACUGACUUCCGCUUACUACCUCGUCAAGGCCGCGAUCGUGUCGAGGUACACGUGCAGCAUGCAGCUGGAGAUAAAGCAGCGGGAGAAGAUGAAGAGGAGGCGGGCGCUGCAACUGAUGCUCUUCCUGAAAAUCAGUCUGAUCGUCGCGGUGGUCGCUGGCUGCGGGGUCGCGUCCAGAGUCCUGAAAAUUCCCUUCCUCUGGGCGGUAUUCUGUACCGGCCAUUCGCUUCAGGGAUCGGCGGUGGCGCUCUCCGUCGCGUGUAACUGCAGGGUCCUGAAAGUUUACGCCAGGAAAUCGCACAAACAACCGGAACACCAGAUUGCGAAAUCGAGCAGCAGUAUGCAGCUGCUCGCGCCCGCGCCGGAUCCAGUUUAGACGGUCCUGGCGAUCCUUGCAGACGGAACGGACAUGAAUGGAAGAGGAGGACCGACUGUAGCGACCAGGCUGGUCUCUCUCUCUCUCUCUCUCUCUUUGUCUCUGCGAGCUGUAACUAUUUUUACAUCGAGACGUGCUGCGGCGUUUCCCUCAUAACUUCGCCGUUUCCGCGUGACCGUGAUGACGUCCUUUUGUGCACGACAUGCGAUUCCAGUUUCACUAUCGACCGCUUCAGCCUCGAGGGCUUGUCCCAUUCAUUCGGUGCGAUACCUUACUGCUGUUUAAAGUAGUCAGGAAGGUUCGCGGCAAAUCCGUAAUCUACGAUAAAACUUCAGGAGCUCGCUAUGAAGGGAGACACAAGUGGGUUAUUUCUAAUGUAAAAAGUUUUCAGUGAAACGGCGCGUGGCGAUUUAAACGGGUAUUCUCAUUUGCAACGUUUGGCAGGUGAUUUUUAAGAAUUUUUAAAAUAAAAACCGUCAAGGCAUACAAUUCUGAAGUUUCGCGCAAAUAUUUAUUUGUGCUCUAAUUACGUGCGAUAAUUUCUACGCAUUAUUAUUUUCGGUAUUAACGAAGUUAUAAAUAAUUUCGUUAGCGCCGGAUUGCGAAAGGUUGGUCGCCACAAUUCCGAACGUCGUAAAUUUCUGAUACCGAAACGGCGAAAAAAUGAUUAAACUAUAGACUUCCGGCUGUCGUCUUUACCGUGAGAAAUUCAGUGGCCCAUAUUCUUAACUCACUUUUAUCGGCUAAAGUGCCUUAAAUGUGAUUUCUCAGCCAAUCAGGUAGUUUCUGAACCACUUUUAGAGGCACUUUUAUCAGUAAAAGUGAGUCGAGAAUAUGGACCGGUAUCUUUAAUACUUAAACUUUUUAAGGACUCGCAAACGUUUCGGACGAGAAUAAACCCUUGGUCAGUGAUGAAUCUUGAAUGUGAAAUUUCAAGGGUUGACGAGGCAACAGAGGAGCGUGAGGGGGAGAAUCGCACGCGCGAUUCGGUAUGAGAACGUUAAACGUCAUUCAGACCACACUAACGUUCUCGGAGCCUCGAAAGAGCCGGGAAUUCGAUCCCUUCCGCACGCGUAAGCCGCGCUAAUCCGGCUCGCUUCGGCGGAAACCGUAAUCAUUAUCAAUCAUGUCCAACGUAAACCUUUGCGUUCCGUAUGAAUCCUAAUGUCGACGAUUCUCCGUACGUCGGACGUAAACUUCCAUCGAAUUUCCCCCGGCGAUGCAUCGCGUUUCAACGAUGCGCUUUCGCGCACUUAAUCGUGAAGCAUGACGAAACACGGAGGUUACCGGAGACACACCGAACCGAAGGUAUGCCAAAAAGAAGAGCACAGAGUCAGUUCUGAGAGGGGUCUAAAAGGGUCUGAAAGUUUUCGAGCGAAGGGAAAGAAUAUUAUGAACUUCACGGCACUUUUCGAAGUAACGUUAAAAGAGCUUGAGACGAGAUUAACUGCGGUUUAUCGAAGGGCUCGCGAAGCGCUGGGCGCGAAGGAUUAAGUUGUUAAUUAUUUCCGAUCGCGCUUGCGAUUAUUAAUGAACCCCGUGACGUCACGGGGACGUUUCCGCAGCGGCGGAUUUGCCGGGCGCUAACACGUCGAGCCCGGUCUAAUUAACCCGGGAAUAAUCACCUGGGGUCAUUUCGUACCUCAGCGAUCGGAAAAUGAAGCUCACGUCGCAGUGGAUUUUUUUUAUUGAUCGGGAACCGAUAUGUACCUUUCAUUUGGACAUUUAGAAACCUAACCUGUGACAACAAGAAUAUGCUGUGACCCGUCUUAUUCUAGUAUAUUUCAUAGUAUAUAUAUAUAAUAAAUCACAGAGCAAUCGAUAAUAUGCUAUAUUUCGUUAAUAAUAGCGAUUUUUAAUUGAGGUCUGAAUGACCCUGGGUGAUCGUUUACGUAAAAAAAAAAAAAACUGUUCCCGAGUUAAAGAAAAUCAAUUAUAAUCAACGUCUUGCUUCUCAGCCCUCCUUCCUUCUCUUUGUAUUUAGCAAACUUGGCAGCGGUCGAUUGUCGAAAGUCCGAUCACAUGUCACGCACGCUCGGGCGAGAAUCCCAAAAUCCCGCAGUUGUGCGACUCGAUUACGACGUAUGACGUCGCCGCGCAAACGUUCCGACGGCAUAAUGCAACGAACGGGAAACAAUUCGACACGGUCCCUGUGUGUACAUACACAUGCACCGGCCGGUGAAUUUCGUGCUCGACCAGCGGCCGAUGCACACACGCGGCACACGCAGUAAUACUAAUCCGCACCGUCUCAUAUGAUAGGCAUAUCGCAUUAAAUAUGAAUUAACCGCGCGUAUACGUUGCGUAAUCUCGCACACGCGCCCGUGACGAUGAUGCGUCUCAAUAACAAUCGCCGCGUAAUUAUUUCCCCCGCGCGCGUACACCGUCGCUCAAAAAGCUCGCGCGCCGCGCGCGAAAUGUAAUCACGUAAUUGAUACAAAUUCAUGAAAUGGGCAAUCCAUUUCAUCAGAUCCGUUUUAGCGAGCGCGUAUAUAUAUAUAUAUAUAUAUAUCCCACUGCUCAAUUUAUUCGUUUAAUUAAUUGGUCGAAGGCGGAUGUAACCUUGGUUGUGUUCGGCGGAAAAACCAGCUCGCUCGGCGAACGCUCGGCGAUUAUUGCCCGCGAACGGAGCAUACUUUUUCGGAGAUCCGAUUUUUCCUCACAGAUCCAGAAAUACCUACCGAUCAGAAGCGAUAACGAAACUGAGCGUUCUCCGAGCUGCUCUUUUCAGCCUGAAUCCAGCUUCUGAAUCAAUUUCGAAGUUUCCGCGCGAAGGUUUUAAUUUUUUUCCGGACCGACUUCGGGUCGUAGAUUGAAAGCCUAGCCGUUUGCUCCGACGGAGGUUCAGUCUCGAAAUUGAAAUUGUUUUCGUAUUUUCGAAGCUGAAGCGACGCGUGUAUGUGUCCUCGUGCGUGCGUGUGUGCGUGUGUGUGUGCGUCCAAUGGUAGUCCGCUAUUGCGACCUUGGCCGUCGGUUUCCUCGAGGUGACGGAUAGUUACAUAGGUUAAAGCGACGUCGUACACCGUAAUUCAAUUUGUAAAGGUCACUUAAGGGAUGAAGUACCGGGGGGAGGGGGAGGGGGGUGAAGCGAAUAGAGAGAAUCCUAAUAGAAGGCACCGGUCGCGAUCUCCACCUCGGAUUCGUCCUCCUUCGCUUCGCGUCUCUCUGGGAGCGUCUUUGCAGCGGUGAUCGAUCGAUCAAAGGGCGACCCGCUCGCCCUCUCGUUCCCCAAUGUUGUCUGGCGCUGUAACGAAUGCGACGCGAGAGCAUCGAUACCUUUUGCUGUCUCUCGCAAGAGAAGCGCAGAAUCAUUUCGGCCGACCUUGAAUGGUGUCUAAUCAAGAGCGGCCGGUGUAUAAAUUCGGCGCGCUCCGAGCGCUGAGAGUUGAUUAAACGUAUAAGCGAGAGCAAGGGGAGAGCGGGCGAAAAGGGGGAAGAGGUGGAGGAGGAGAAGGAGAAUUAUCGUUCGAACGCACACGCGUAACGCGAGUGCCGGGAAUAUAGGGUUUCCCAUUAAGAGGUUUUUCAUUUUAAAUUAUUAGAGGAAUAAAGUUUCUUUUUUUGAAAAAAUUGUGAUAUUUUUAUCCCAAUGCAAAGCACCGACUGUGCGAUCAAACGUUGAACACGAUAUCUGAUUAAUCUGGCCGCCUCGACUUUUAUUUACAAACGGUCACUUUUUCGAAGAAAUCUCACAUCACUAUUUUUCUAUUCUAUUUUUUUAUAAUUCUAUUUUUAAUAUGUUAAAAGUGGCGCGAAAUUUAAGGUGAAACUUCUUAAUGGAAAACCCUGACAAAUCGAAGAGAGAGAAAGAGAGAGAGAGAUAGAGAGAGAGAGAGAGAGAGAGAGAGAGAGAGAGCCGAGCAAGUGUUUUACCAGAUGCUUUUCCUCGGAUUCGCACUGGAUUUAUCGGCGAGGAGUUCGAGCGAGCCGAGGCGACACCUAACCGUAGGCCGACAUAUCAGUCAAAUUGAAUGAUGCCCCUUGAAUUUUCUAUGCGCCGAACGGCGCGCGAAUGCCGGGCGCGCGAAAUCAUCGUCCCGCCACUUCCGUCCGUCACCGUCGUUCACCAUAUCCAUCCUUCGUCACUUGAACGGCCUGCGAAUCCGGGCACUCCGCGAGCUUCGAGAUCGGUCGACACCCGUCAGCUUCGAGGAUCCAAGCGGGAUCAAUCGACGUUUGUGCCGCGGCGAGAGGGGGUUUCCGAUGAAUAAUUAGGGACCGGAAGGGGUGAUUGCGACGUAGUAAGUUAAAUUGCGAUUUGUCGACAGACAGCUCCAGCUUCCAAUAAUUAUCUACUUACACGUGUGCCGAUAAUUAAAUUAAUAAUUAAUAAUUACCGGAACACAACUCACGUCGGUACGUGUCACAUUCAAGCUCACCGUGAGCCGUCGCAAUCGAGCUCAUCGAUUCCCCCCGGGUAAUUGAUAUUACUUUCCCCGCCCGUGAUAUUAAUCACGAACGGGACGAUGAAAUCCGCUCACGUAGCGACGAAGAAAUGAGAAACUUCGCCGCAGGGGAGACGCACAGAUGUCAACGUGUACACGUGUGUCAUCGGAAGACAAGACCGCGCUUGGUCGCGCUUAAUCGCACGAUGUUGCGUUCACGCAACUAACCCUAAUCCGAAUUCCGCGCUCGCAAGCUCGGUCAACGUCGCGAGAUCAAGUGUACCUUGCGUGGUUGAUCCUGGCCGAUCUACCAACAGGAUCCGAGCACACCAGGAAUAUCGAUCCCCCGCCCAGGAAUCCAUGUUACCAUCCGCGCGCACGAGAGAGAGAGUGUAUGUGUGUGUGUGUGUUUUGGCGCGGUGUAUUUGUGCGGUCGCGUUUGUUGGCACGCAGUGGUUUCGCGGCCGGCAUUCUCGCGCGAUGCAAUUAACACACUUGGCAAUGACAACUGUGCGCAACUGUGCAUCAGCACUUAUAAUCGCACGCAUACGUGUAGCACGCAUGUAAUAAUCACGGCGAAAUAAAUAUUUUGAAAUCUAAAGUGGUAUCCGUGAGUCCUCCCUCGCCGUCUCCCUUGCCGGACUCUUCCCGAAUCACGACGAGAGAAAAAUAUAGUUAUUUUCGAGGACGACAAUAU